UUUUAUUCUUCUAUAUCUUAGUGCCAGGUGUAUUUGACUGAUGAUCGAGAAAUAAUAUUUGCCGUAAAUUAGAUAGCUUAUUCCUCUGUUUCUGCACUUUCUAUUUAUUUAUCUUCGAUCUCUAUAAAUCUGUCAGAUGAAAUAUAUUUUUUGUUUGUUUGUGGUAUGUCUGACACUGGAGGUUAUUGUGUGUCCUCCAGUUGAUCAGAAGAAAAAGGAUACUGAAAAGAAGCAGGAGAGAGAAACUUCAGACGCUCUAGAUGAAUACGGUUUAGAAUAUGGAAGAUACUUACAACAAGUUGUGCAGGCUCUGGAAGAGGACAAGGACUUUGCAAAAAAGUUGGAAAAUAUUAGUGCCGAACACAUUAGGAGUGGGCACAUAGCAAAAGAGCUGGAAUUCGUGAAACACAACGUCCGUUCCAAACUGGACGAGCUGAAGCGCAUGGAAGUGGACCGUCUCCGUAAGCUCCUGCAACAGCAGAUGGAACGUACCGAACUAGGUCUGUACCGUGACGGAGACGGACAUCUCUUGAACUCUCCCGACGGCCGGCGUUGGAGAACGAUCCCGAGCCACAGAAGUGGUUCCGAAGGUUUGGAUCGUAAACGAGUGAAGAUACCAUCACAUUUAGACAUUGAAAAUCCCCACAGUUUUGAAAUAGAAGAUUUAAAGAAAUUGAUACAAACGGCUACAAGUGAUUUAGAGGAAUUAGACAAAAAACGACGUGAAGAAUUCAAACAGUAUGAAAUGGAAAAAGAAGCAAAGUAUCGGGAAAGCCUAAAAAACAUGACUGAAGAAGAGAAAAAGGAAACUGAAAAGCACCAUGAAGAAAUGAUUGAAAAGCAUAAAGAUCAUCCUCGAAUUCACCAUCCUGGUAGUAAACCACAAUUGGAACAAGUUUGGGAAGAACAAGAUCACAUGCCAAAAGAAGAAUUCAACCCUAAAACAUUCUUUGCAAUGCAUGAUGUGAAUGGUGAUGGACAUCUAGAUGUGCAAGAAGUUGAAGCCAUACUUAUUCCUGAGGUUAAGAAGUUGUAUAAUCCUAAUAAUGAAGAAGAUGAUCCUGCUGAAAUGGAAGAAGAGUUUCAUCGUAUGAGGGAGCAUGUGUUUAAUGAAACUGAUAAAAACAAGGAUGGUCUGAUUAGUCUGGAAGAAUUCCUCAAAAUGACAGAGCAACAAGAUUUUCAAAAGGAUGAGGGAUGGAAGGAUUUGGAUGAACAGACAGUUUUUUCGGAUGCAGAAUUGGAGGAAUUUAUGAGGCAUAGAGCUAUGUAUCCUCCUGAAUAUGCUCAACAUGGAGAUCCAAGAGCAUAUUACAACAUUCCAAAUGCUCCUAUGCAGGGUGUGCCUCCACAUAUUAAUUACCAAGUACCUCCUGGAGGCAUGCCUCCUCAACCUGGUUAUCCUCAAGGUCAAAAUUUUGGUGCACCUCCACAAGGCCAUCCUCAGUAUCCCCCUCAACAACAGCAAUAUCAAGGAGGACAUCCUCAACAACAGUUUCAAGCUGGGUAUCCUCAACAGCAACAGCAAUUUCAAGGUGGACAUCCCCAACAGCAGCAGUUUCAAGGUGGGCAUCCCCAGCAGCAGCAGCAGUUUCAAGGUGGGCAUCCCCAGCAGCAGCAGCAGUUUCAAGGUGGGCAUCCCCAGCAGCAGCAGUUUCAAGGUGGGCAUCCCCAACAGCCCCAGUUUCAAGGUGGGUAUCCUCAACAGCCACAGUUUCAAGGUGGGCAACCCCAACAGCAAUAUCCAAGUGGACAACAACAGUAUCCCGCGGGCCAACAACAGCAACACCCAAGUGGACAACAACAACAAUAUCCUAGUGGACAACAACAACAGCAGCAGCACCUUGGUGGAAAUCAGCAAGUACAACAACCUAAUAUUCAAGGAGUUGCAUCUAAUAAAGCUUUAGAAAAUAACGAGGCUGUUAAUAAGAAUGCACCAGAUGCAUCAAACUCAAUAAAUCAGAUUCCAAAUAAUGUAAAACCAAAUGUGCCUGAAGGAGCUGCAGCUCAAGCCCCUGCUUCAAACAAGCAAGUGCCACCUCAGACUAAGUCUUGAAUAUAAUUUUGUAUGAUUGAUGCAGUCGAACAAAAAGGAUCUGAUGUAUUGAAGUAAAUCCAAUUAUAUUUCCAUGACUUGUUGAGAAAAAAAAAAGUAUUAUCUAUUCUUCAGAAUCAGAAGUAUGCUAUAGAAAUGAAAAAUAUAUUUUAAAUAU